AUGGGGAGGAGCAGGAGCCGCAGUCCGCCGAGGCGAGAGAGGAGACGCUCUCGCUCCGGCUCUCGAGAUCGAGAAAGAAGACGCCGGGAGCGUUCACGUUCCAGAGAGAGACGAAGGAGCCGCUCCCGCUCCCCACACAAGAGGAGAUCCAGAACACCUCCUCGACGCCAUCGCUCGGCCUCACUCUCGCCUUCAAGACAGAAGCGCGAAGACGACCGCAAAGAAUCUAAACAACCCAAGGCCAAGCCCAUUCAGAUGUCAGCCGAGGACAUGGAGGGAAAAACUGAAGAGGAGAUCGAGAUGAUUAAACUGAUGGGCUUUGGCGCUUUUGAUUCCUCCAAAGGCAAAAAGAGAAAUGAUUCAUCUGUACAUGCUCACGCUAUCAACGUCUCCAUGAAGAGAAAAUACAGGCAGUACAUGAACAGAAAAGGAGGAUUCAACAGACCGCUGGACUUCAUUGCAUGA